AUGUCUAUCCCACAAAACACUCUUCCUAUCAUGGUCAAGCUUCGCGAGUCUGCUCUUACUGCCUUCAAGACUUAUCAGGACAUGAAAGAGGGACCAAACAGUGCUGCAGCUCCCACCAUUCUUGGCGUAGCCGCCAAUUACUGUGUUCAGCUCAUCGACACCAAGGAUCCGUGUCUGCUUAUGCACCAGCCAAUGCACAAUGUGCUUUUCCUUGUUAGAAGCGAGUACAAUACCCGCAGCACUGGAGUUCACGCUAUCGUGCCCCCAGCCGACCUCGACACUAUCAAAGAAUAUUGUCGCGCCGUUCUCGCCGCGCGCGCUGCUGCGCAGGUUGUUCCACCACCUGUUACUGCUCAAGCUCAGGCUCAGGCUGAGAUUGCAGAGGUAAUGGCCACCGCUAAAGCCAAGCAUCCCCGCAAGCUUGUCAAGUCCAAGGCUGUUGUUGAGGACAAGGAUGACAAAGUCGAGAUUGUCCCCGGCCCCUCGGAUACCGAUGUUACGAUGGAGCACAAUUUUAAUAUUGCAUACCACUUUGCUCAGAUGGCUGUGGACAACCUCUUUGGUGACGAAGAAGUCAAGGACGCCGCUUCCUCUCCCAAAGAGAAAGGCAAGAAGCGCACUGCCUCUGGUCCCAAGACCCCAGCCAAAUCCAAGCAUGCCGAAACAGUCAGCAUUCCCUAUGAUGCUGUUCCAGGCAUGGACACUAACAGUCGCAAAUUUCACAAGGCCCUCGUCGUCGAGCAUGCCAAAGGCAGUUGCGCCGGCGACAAACGCCCUCGUACUGAACCGCCCUUUAUCAGCGGCUUAGCAGACCUUCAGUCUCAUCAAAACGAGUCUGCCAACUCCUUGCUCAUCGACAACCCUUUGUACAGGGAGAUCUUAGCGCGCGCACAUGCGGCUGUUACCAACCACAUGCCGGCUUAUCCCACCCUUGCUUAUUUCAAGCAGCAAGAGGUCGAUCUUUGUGAACGUGUUCUUCUCAGCAUGCAGCGCCUCGACUUGGAGCUUCGUCUUCACGAUGUACUUGUCGCUGAUUACGAAAUUGCCCUUGCCCAGAUUGCUGAGCGUGAAGUAACUAAGGAGUAG